GAGUGAGUGGAGUAGACUGAGUAGUAGAUAUUUGAUAUUUCAGACCGUACGUGCCAAUUUGCAAGGCCUCCUGGUUGAGGAGGGUUUGACUUGUUCAUCACUGUGCAUGAAAACUAGCAGUGUUGCAGAGAGAGAGAGAGAGAGAGAGAGAGAUGCGGGGCUUAGGAGUAACAGCAGUAAUGGUGACAACACAGUUCGUGGAAGUGGGCAUGAACACUAUAUUAAAAGCUGCUAUGAGUAGAGGGAUGAGUAACUUUGUUUUUGUUGUUUACUCAAACGCCCUCGCCAUCUUCGUCCUUCUUGCAGCUUCCAUCAUCUUUUACAGAAAAAGAAGUCUUCCUCCAGUAACUUCUUCAGUUUUGUGUAGAAUCUUUCUUCUUGGCCUGCUAAGUUGCUGUGUUCAGACCUUGAUGUCCACCGGCAUAGGGUACAGCUCUCCAACUUUAUCCUCAGCAAUAGUUGAUCUGACCCCGGCUUUUACCUUCAUACUUGCCAUCAUCUCCAGGAUGGAAAAGCUGGACUUGAGAGUCCAAAGCAGUCUGGCCAAGUGUAUUGGAACCAUUGUGUCCAUCGCAGGGGCAUUGAUUGUGACUUUAUACAAAGGCCUGCCUCUCGCAAGUGCUGCAUCACCCCAUAUUCAACCCAAUGAGGUCCUUUUAUCAGCGCAACCAAAUUGGUUCCUUGGAGGCUUUCUCCUAAGCAUUGGUAGCUUAUGCCUUGCAACAUUGUUUAUUCUUCAGACCCAGAUUAUUCGGGAGUAUCCUGCAGAGUUGAUUGUAACACUCAUUUGUUGCAUUUUUGCGACCCUCCAAUCUACCGUGAUCGCUCUAAUUGCAGAGAAAGAUCCAAAAGCUUGGAGACUAGGGUUUAAUAUGGAGUUGAUAGCCAUAGGGUACUCGGCUGUUUUGGUGGUAGCUGCACGUAGUGUUGCUGUUACAUGGGCAUGUCGCAAGAAGGGUCCUGUCUUUGUUGCAUUGUUUAGCCCACUGGGGAUUGUCAUUGCAGUUGCCAUGGGGAUUCCUUUUCUUGGGGACACUCUUUAUCUUGGAAGUGUAAUUGGAGCAGCUGUAAUAGCUCUUGGGUUUUAUGCUGUGAUAUGGGGACAAUCCCAAGAAGAGGAGACGAUUGGAAACAGGGGAGUUUGUUGCUCUGAGUCAUCUUCUCCUAAAGUUCCUCUUUUGCAAAGCAAAGGCUUGGACAUCUAGGAGUACUCUUGCACAAGAAGACAGUGAAAGAAUGGCGUUUUUUGCGGUGGCACUUCGAAGUGUUGUUCGUACAUGGGUAUGUCACAUGAAGGGCCCUGUUUAUGUCUCAACGUUUAAGCCUCUUGGGAUGGCCAUUGCAGAACUUCUCAUGGGGAUUUCUUUUCUUGGGGAUAUUCGUUAUCUUGGAUGGUAUAAUACUCGAUCCAUUUGUCAAUUUUUUAGAUGGGUGUGUUCAGAAUUGGUUGGAAGUUCUUAUAUGGUUUUAAAUGACUUGAAUUUUGGAAUUUGGACAAAAUUUGAUCAUGAAAUCCUUCGGCAAAAUACAUGCUGACAUGCUGUGCUUCGAAGCAACUCCAAAAAUGGCAUCCCCUGCCCCAUUGUUAUGACAUCCAAGAAUAUUGGAAGUGGUAUUAAGUCAUUAUCGAA